GUGAAUGCGCCCCCACCCUGGCUCCAUGGCGACCUAGCGAGAUCACCACCAGCCAGACAAUCCCUCAUCACCAUCCCAAUGACGUCAACACCCACGCCAUCUACGACAUAAACGACAUCGUCCAUUUUGAGGACAACGACCUCGUGAUGCGCGACUCGAACAAAUACCACGACCAAAACAAAAUGGAGAACACGGUUCAGUUCAAAAUACACAAACCUUUUGAUGAUAUCCCAAAAAUAAGACUUGGAGAGGAUAGGGGUGAUGGGAGAGAGGGUAAUGAAGUGGAUAAUGAACUAAAAGGUGAUGAGAUGAAGGUGAUGAAGAUGGAUAGAGAUGAUAAGUGUGAAUGCCAGCAUGGUGGCGGCUGUGUGGGGAAGGUCUGCCUAUGCCCACUAGGGUAUGCAGGGAAGAAGUGUGAGAUCACUUUGGAUUUGAAGGUCCCAAGAUUCAACGGCUCAUCAUACCUACGGCUUCCUGGCUUAGGAAAUUCAGCUCAGUCUUGGCUGGAUAUUCAGAUCACACUAAAGCCAACAAACGGCGAUGGACUAGUGCUGUACAACUCUGAACACGCCAGCGGGGAUGGGGACUUCUUCUCGCUACAUCUCCGGGACUACUUCGUGGAGUUCGCCUUUGAUCUGGGUUCGGGGAUCGCGUUAGUGAGGUCAGCAUACCCGCUAGAGCCAAACUCCUGGCACCGAGUGUCAGUCAGCCGCUCCGGCCGGCGAGCGUCACUCCGCGUCCGGACUACGUCACAACGCGACAUCACUGAUGCAACCAGAAUGGUGACGUCACACGGCGCUGCCAGGCGGCUGACGUUAAGACAGCCGAUGCUGUUGGGAGGGGCGCCACACCCGCUGCCUCCUAGAUUGGCGUUGAGGACUUCGUUUAGUGGGUGUGUCGGGCAGUUGGUGAUCAAUGACGAAGAAUUGUCUGUGGUUUCAUCAGCAUUGGGCGGUGUCAACGUAGACAACUGUGAAGAACCCAGCAACAACACUUGCAACAACAGCAACAUGUGCAAGGAAAUUAUUGAACCAAUACCACAAUACCCCCAAAAUGUAUCUGAAAAUGAUAUCCACCAUACGAUCGUUGCGAAAAAAGGUCCUAAACCUAAAUUCCACAAAAUCAAGUCUAAAAAACACGCUCAGCAUUUAAGAACAGAGAAAUCAAAGAAGAAAAAGUAUUAUGCCAGUAAAAAGUACCAGUUUAUUCAGAGCAGUAUAGAAAGGAACAACGAUAUAGUGACAGAAGGACCCAUUUAUGAUGGACAAACAUACAUGCAAGUGAAAUAUUUGAAUACAAACGAAAUCAACUGGGGAGACACGAACACGUAUCCCAGUUUUACUGGGAAGGAUAGUUUUAUUCACAUAGAUGAUGAGGAGACUAUGAAAAGGUUACUCAGCUACACCCUGGACAUCAACAUCAGGUUCAGAUCGGUAGCCGCAGACGGGCUGCUGGUGUGGAGUGGACGAGCUCAAGCCACGCCUGGAGAUUUCCUCUCGCUGGCUGUAGAGAACUCUGUGUUGGUCUUCAGGUAUGACCUAGGAAGCGGCGAGGUCGUAAUAAUAGCCAACCACACAAAAGUUGACGAUGGCCUAUGGCACAGAGCUCGAGCUACGAGAAACCGACAAGCUGGAGUGUUAGAAGUAGAUGGUUUGGGUUCUGUGGGGAAAAUCUCCCCAGGGAAACUGAAGCAGCUGAACACAGAAAAUGGACUUUAUAUAGGUGGGCUACCGUCUAUAGAAAUGAACACAAUGGGCAAAUACAAGAGUGGUUUAGUCGGGUGCGUUUCUCAGAUAUCCCUGAGCGGUGACUUCGACAUUCCACUAUCGUUAUCAAAACUACCCCAUACGAUUACAAACAACGUCGGCAGAUGCACACCAUAAAAGUAGGCAAUUCAUUUAAAUGAACCCCAAAGUUCAUUUAAGUGAAUCAAACAGUUCAUUUGUUACUACAAUCGCCUGCGUUGCUGGUUCAUUUAAUGUCACAAAUAAAUGAACCGGUUGACUUAGAAGCGUAUGAUGUUAGGUGUGUUUUUGAUUGAUAGAUUCAUUCGUAAUUAAACACAUUUAAUUUACUGGGUAUCCGCUUCAUUUAAAUGAAUGACCAAUUACUUUAAUGGAUCUCCGUACUUACAUAUCAAUGUAUAAAUAAAUAUCGGAGCAAUAAAACUACAAUAUUAUACAAUUUCGUGGAAUUCGUGAUCGAUCGCCAGCUAACAUUUACGAACAAAUUAAUUUGAUAAAUGAAUUAUUAAAUACUAUUAGUCAAUUUAGAAUAAGGAGAAACUUUAUAAACACCAUGUUUUAUCCUUACUGUCAUUUAUUUCAUUUAAAAUGUACUUCAUUUAUUUUUCCAUGAAAAUGGAGUAAAUUUUCAAAGUGCUUUACUAUCUAGUAGAUAUGAGAAAAACUAUUUGUAAUGUUAAAUUAAAUGAAAUUCUAGUCGUACGAGUGGUUUGCACGCAUUAUUAUUUACCUCUGAUGUAUUUAUUUAUUAAAUGAAAUAGCUAAUCACAAAAUUGUUACGAUAUGAGUGUAUUUUAUAUAAAUAGUUCAAUAAGUAUACAUACAUAGCGUUUGUAUAUCGAGAAUUUUCAUAUGAACGUGGUUUAGACAAAUGUAAGUAGCUAUAAUAAUACAAUAGCGUUUGGUAUUUGGGCUUUUUACAUUUAAGUGUGAUGCGUAACUAUUUUAUUUUCGCGUUCGGUUCAUUUUUUUCGCUUCAAUAAAUGAAGUUAUUGGAGUAACUAAAAAUUUAGCACCGCUUUAGUGAUAAUAAUCAUAGAUUUAUAUUUAACAGGUAGAGUAAUUUUAAAUGCGCUUUGUAUGUAUAAAAUAUGAGAGGAAUGAUAUAAUAUGGAAUUCGGUUAUUUAAUGAAAAUAUUGACGUGGGCGCACAAUGGUCAAAAUCAGUGACAAAAUGUACGUAUUAUCGUCUUUUAAAAAUUUAACUAAAAAAUUUCUAAUUAUCAUCUAAAAUAUAUUUUCUUCUGCAUCAGUAAACAAAAGAUCCUACAAAUAAUUUAAUGAAUUUAACUAAAUUUAAUAAAUCUCAUUUUUUAAUUGUAAUUUUACAUUUACACAUAAAAGUAAGGCCAACUGUGCGUCUGCAGCACAACAAGUAUCCACUACGCAUUUAAAGUAAAAUUAUAUAAAGACUGUUCUAAAUGUAAAUCGCAUUUCAUUAAAUAAUCGAAUAAAUAAACUAUAUUCUAAUUCGUAAACCCUGAGUAGGGCUUUCAUUUAAGUACACCAAAUAAUUUUUGUCAAUUAGAUUAUUCACAGGGUGUGAAAAAACUAACGGAAAUGCAUAUCUUUAUUGUAUUCUCGUUGUGUUUAUUAUAAUUACAUUUAGAUUUACCUCAACUACGAACAAUUGCAAUAAUAACAGCGUGACCAAUCAGUCAUGCUAAAUGAACUUUAAAUGAACCAAAGUAGCGUCUAGUCCCGAUUCAUUUUGUUACAUAUAGCGUCGCGAAUAAAUGAAUUUAGCAUAAAGUAUCAAUUUUUUACCGCCAUCUUUUGAUAACUGGUUUAUUUUGUAAAUGGAUCGAUUAGUUGAAGUUACUGUAGACCUUGUGACUAAUGGAUAGCUUGACUAGCGUUAGUUUUGUAUGUGAGACCUGUCCGAUGUAUUAUACGCCGUUAUUUGUACAAAAUUAUAUCAAUAAAAUAUGAUAUGUA